UACGUCUAACGUGCCUGAUCGAAUCGGAGACGCAUAAAAAGUUUCUUGCUCUCUUUCUAAACUGUCUUCGACUUCCAUACCAAAAAUUUACAAGUGGUCUUCCGCGCUUUUUUAAGGCUUUUAUAUUUCUAUGAGAAUAGGAGCUUGAAGCCCUAAUACAUUGCAGGAAAUACGAAGCUCCAGUGUCAAAGAGCUCUUCAACUCGCUUCCGACAUGCGCGUAUUCUCCUUACAUCAACGAAAAAUUUACUCCGAAUGAUGCCGACCUGAAGGACUCAAAAUCCGAUAAACUCGAGAUGACCGAGGCCAAACAGAGUAUACUCAAAGCAAUAUGUCGAGACGACAAGGCUCAGCUCCUCACUCAAGCAAAGCGGCUCUUCCAGAGCAGUUCGGAGAUGUUACACCGGUGCGUCGUGUCAAAGCUCCUCCAUUUCUGCUGCGCAUCCGACUCGGUGGAGUGCGCCGUUGCGUUGGUCAACGGAGAGUUCGGAACGGUGCCGUUGGUGAAUGAGAUGGACGAGAAGGGGUGGUCGGCUCUGCACACAGCGGCCAAGUCACACGCGAAACGGUGCGUUGAAUUGCUGCUCAAGAAACGUGGUCGUACGGACAUGAAGACAAAGGACAGUAGCUCACUACUCGCUCUGGAGCUCUCUCUCUCUAGCAGCAGGAUGGAGUUGAUUUGGAAUCCGGAUGACUACUCCAUUGAGGACUUGGUCGUUAUUCUCACUGAAAAGGAUUUGACUACGGUAAAACUUCUUAGCGAGAAAACGAAGGAAAUAGCUGAGGUGGCGUACUCAAACGCCAUCGAAGGCCGUAUUAUUCCGUUAGCUGCUCUGCUCAUAGUAGCGCCGGAAAAGGUUAAAGAAUCAGUUCUAGAGUUGCGUGAUGCCGAGUCGGGCUCCAAAGAGAAGAUGACCAUAUACGAAGGCGUGAUAAGGGAGGCCUUGUCCUUGGGCCGAGAAAUGACGACGUUGAGAGUGGCCAAAGCAACCAGUACCCCGACCGAAGUCAAGAACCCCGACAGCAGGAAGCUCCUGCUGCGCGAGAUAGAGUUGCUCCAGCUCUUCGGAGCCGUAGCCUCGAGCGGUUUUACGGAGAAGAGGGUGAGGUCACCAUUGAUCAGUGCAUGCCAGGCAGGAGAUGUAGCCGUCAUCGAGCUGCUUUUGAAGACAAACAUAGAUGUAAACGACACCGAUGCUGAAGGAAACUCUGCUCUUCAUUGGUCCCUCAAGGCGCCUCCUCAGCAGAUAAAAAUUGUAUGGCUCCUUCUGCAACAUGGCGCCCAAGUAAGCCAAAAGAAUAAGUUGGGGUUGACUUCUCUUCAUUUGGCUGCCGCUAAUGGUAACUUACAGGCACUUCAGGUCUUUCUAUUGGAAGACCCAGAUGCUAUCAGCUAUAGAUCAGAAAUGAAAGAAACCCCACUGUUUUUUGCAGUAAAGAAUGAUCAUAUUGACUGUACUGAGCUUCUUUUAAGAUGGGGAGCAAAUAGCGAGGUCCUCAAUUUGCGUAGACAGAGACCCAUAGACUUGGCAAAUUCUCAAGAUAUGCUUUUCAUGCUGAAUCCAACCAGUUUUAGCCACAUUCAGAGUAAAUAUGGUAGUUUUCAAGUUGAUGAACUGAUUUCAGAGACGUAUGAUGCACUUCUACACUUGACAGACGAGGACUAUCCUACGGAAAAUAUGAUCUGCACGAGCACAAAGGUUGAGAUCUGCAAAUACUUUGGAUCUCCUCGUGGAUGUGUGAGAGGAGGAAAGUGUUUUUAUGCACAUGGUGAAAAGGAGCUUCGACAGGGGAGGCAUGGAACCCAUGAUCUGACUCAUUCUCCUACUGUCAAGGAACUAAGACGGAAAAUAUAUGUGGGAGGUCUCCCUCCAACUUUGGACUCUGACUCAUUGGGUAAAUUUUUUGGAGAACAAUUCGGUGCAGUGGAAGAUGCUACAGUUCUUGGAAUUCAAGCCGGAAAUGAAAUGAAAUCUCGAGGAUUCGGCUUUGUUACAUUUAAACAAGAGACAUCUGCGUCGGCAGCUGUUCAAACACACUAUGUCAUGAUCAUGGGCAAGCAAGUUGAGAUAAAAAGCGUAUUCCGAAAAUGCUUUGUAUUCCCCGAGUCCCAAAACCUGUCAGCGGAACAACACGAGCCUCCAGCAGAUAUACCGAAUACGAAGAUUACAGAAGAGGCUAAACUCGAACAAACGUCCUGGGUUGAUAGAUUACGCAAUGGCCAACAUAAGAUAUGCCCCAAUGAACUUCAAGAACAUAUUGUUAGUCCCACCUCUGUGGACCAAAGCAUGCCUGCGUGGCUCAGGAUUUUUAAGAAGUGGCUCCCGCGCCACUUACAAGAUCAAACAACACGUUUGAAGGAAGGAAAUUAUGCUCUCUCAUCUCUUAAAGGUGAUUUCAGGGCAACAUUUGGCUUGGAAUUGGAUCAUGCGUCUCUCGGCUACUCUAAACUUAGUGAAUUCAUGAAAUCUCUCCCUGGACUUUGUCGUGUGAAGGUUGUCCCCAUAGGCAAAUGCGGACCUACCACUCACUUGGUCCUCCUGCCUAACCUUCCUAUGCCUCAGCACCUAUUGCAACAUACACUCACAAUGCCCUGCACGCCCUCUCUUGCUACAACUAACGAGAGUGAUUAUUCUGAUUCUAAUAAUUCCAAUUGUCUUCAGAACCUUCUUAAUUCCGGGUCUUGUGAAAAUGAUAGCUUCACUGAUAGCAGCAUUGAGCCAGCAAAUUCAGCCCUCGAGUACCCUGAUGUGAUUUUGGCUCCAAAUGAUACAUUACCUGGUGUGCACCUGGGGUUUCUUCAAUUCUUGAAGCCAGACCCUCUCUUUCAUGGUCGAUCGUGGCAACGAAAUGAAAGAGACGUGGGUGCAGGAGACACUGACGAUGUAAGAGGAGGGCAACUAGAGGGAAUUAAAGGGAAGAAUCUGAGGCAUCAAAAGAGGCAUUUGGUUUUGGAGGUCCUUGCCAGAAAAAGGAACAGCACAUCGGUGUUCUUUCUCGGUGACUUCGAUUUCUACAAGGAUUAUAGGGCAAGCAUCAAGCAAGGGAAGUGCUUUGCAUGCAACCAGCAGGAGAUGUUAUGGGCCAACUUUCCGUGCCGACACUUGCUGUGGUGUAGUGACUGUAAAUGGCAGGCCAUCUGGGCAGCCGGCGAUUCUGAGCACAAAUGUGUUGUGUGUCAUGUCGAAGUCCAAAAAAUUGAUUUACUCCGAUGGCAUGAAUCUUGUCAGCCUGCUAGUGAUGAUGUCCUUAAAGCUCAUGAGUUCCCACCUUUGGAUCCUACUCGAAUACGAAGUACUCCAUCGACGAAGAAGAAAAGCAGAGAGUACUAAUUGGUAGUUGAUAGGCUUGUUGCGGCCAGAGUACUCUCAGCGCACCCAAGGAUAUUAAUUUGCAGUAAGCACAAAAAAACUCUUAAAACUUGUAUAUGGGGUAUCUUUUGUUUGAAAUUACCCCGCUUAGUAGAGGAAAAGGGACAGGGGAGAUCGGCAAAACAUAUACUUGCCAUUACUAUUGUACAAACUUGUUCUCCCUCACCAGGAUACAGUCACACCUUUUUUUGUGCUCGAUCUAAAAAUGUGACCUCAAGUUGAUGAAAAUAUCAUUGCCUCGUGCAAACUUAA